AUGCCACAAAAAGCUAAGCCUAUGCCACAAAAAGCUAAGCCUAUGCCACAAAUAGCUAAGCCUAUGCCACAAAUAGCUAAGCCUAUGCCACAAAAAGCUAAGCCUAUGCCACAAAAAGCUAAGCCCAUGCCACAAAUAGCUAAGCCUAUGCCACAAAUAGCUAAGCCUAUGCCACAAAUAGCUAAGCCUAUGCCACAAAUACGUAUGCCACAAAUAGCUAAGCCUAUGCCACAAAAAGCUAAGCCUAUGCCACAAAAAGCUAAGCUUAUGCCACAAUUAGCUAAGCCUAUGCCACAAAUAGCUAAGCCUAUGCCACAAAUAGCUAAGCCCAUGCCACAAAUAGCUAAGCCUAUGCCACAAAAAGCUAAGCCUAUGCCAUAA